AUGGUAGUAAGACACUACCACGCCCAGAUGAAGCAUCAAAACGUGGAUGCGACGAUUGCCCAGAUCCGGACGAGAUUCUGGGUCACAAAGAUAAGACGAGUGCUGAAGGAGGUAAUCUCGUCGUGCAACGAAUGCAAGCUACAACGGACGCGGCCGAUGCUGCCGAUAAUGGGACCCCUUCCAGAGGAUCGCUUGGAAGCUGGAGGAUGGCCAUUCAAGUACACAGGACUAGACUACUUUGGGCCACUGCUGGUGACUGUUGCCCGUCACAGAGAGAAGCGUUGGGUCGCCUUGUUCACAUGCUUGACGACAAGGGCGAUUCAUCUGGAGCUGGCACAUGAUCUGUCCUGUAUAAUAGCGAUCAGGAACUUCGUCUGCCGUAGAGGACCAGUACGUAAACUGCGGAGUGACAACGGCAAAAACUUCGUGGGAGCUGACAGGGAGGCCAGACGAUUUGGAGACGUGUUCGAGACGGAAAGGAUACAGAGUGAGUUAUCCAGCAGGAGCAUCGAGUGGGUUUUUAAUUGCCCAUCCAACCCGUCUGAGGGCGGAGUAUGGGAGCGGAUGGUGCAGUGCGUCAAGCGAGUGCUGCGCCAUACCCUGAAGGAAGUCGCGCCGAGGGACCAUGUGUUGGAGAGUCUACUCAUAGAGGCGGAGAACAUAGUCAACUCGCGUCCGCUCACCCACUUGCCAGUAGAUGCGGACCAAGAGGCGCCGUUGACGCCAAACGACCUGCUCAAGGGAGUAGCUAACCUGCCAGAUACGCCUGGAUUGGAUGCCGUGCUGCCCAAGGAGGGUUCUACGCGAAAGCAGUGGAGGAUUGCCCGCAUGCUGCGAGACCAUUUCUGGAGGAGGUGGGUCAGGGAGUACCUGCCUACGCUUGUGCGCCGCGAGAAGUGGUGCCGGAGAACGGAGCCCAUCCGCCAGGGCGAUAUGGUCUUCGUCUGCGAUCCUGCCUUGCCCAGACGAGGGUGGCGCAAGGGCAUCGUGGAGGAGGUCUACAGCGGAGCUGAGUCGUCAGACGCGCCACUGUGCGCGUAA